AGUAGCUCUCUGCAGCCUCGGCUUCCGCCUAACGUUUUUAUAAAGGCUCGCAGGCACUGCAGCAGGAUUCAAACCCUCCACUCCAGAGGACUGACCGGGUGUGUGAGCAGAGGACUGACCGGGUGUCAGCGUCACAGACCGGGAUGGAGAAGUGGCUGAUGUUGGCGGUGUCUCUGACUCUGGUCCUGGAUCAGGUGAACUGCAGAAGAGUCACUAAGGCUCAGAUUCUGGGGUUCGACUGGAAGAACUGUGGGAAGCCCGACGCUCCGGCGGUGCUGAGCGCUCUGACCCUGUCCCCGGACCCCAUCACCAUCCCAGGAGACCUGACGGCCUCGGCCUCCGGAGCCACCACCGUGGAGCUGGCCACCCCUCUGUCUGUGACCCUGACCAUGGAGAAGGAGGUGGCCGGCUUCUGGGUGAAGAUUCCCUGUGUGGAGGAGAUCGGCAGCUGUCACUACCCGGACAUCUGUGAUAUUCUGAGCCAGCUGAUCCCACCGGGUCAGGACUGUCCCGAGCCGCUGCACACGUACGGACUCCCCUGCCGCUGCCCCUUCAAAGCCGGCUCGUACUCUCUCCCCAAGUCCGACUUCUCCCUGCCCGACGUGGACCUGCCGUACUGGCUGACCAAUGGGAGCUACCGUGUGCAGGGCGUCCUGGGCAGCGGGGGGGAGGAGCUGGGCUGCCUCAAGCUGGCUCUGUCCCUUCACUCCACCUGAACAACAACACGGACCGACACAAGGUUUUUCUUUGUGUGUUUUUAUUUGCAUGCACAAAAAGAAAAUUUGGAAGUGAAAGCUGAAGUUGCACAAAGUCCUGAAACUGGUUUAACAAGACACCAGACACGUGUUACACAUUAACCUGCAGAAUAACAAGCGUUUGUAAAGUCCAACCACGACAAAUAUGGUACGGAGAUAAUUUUUUUAUGCACAAAAACUAGUUUCUCCUGUUUGUUUACAUUCAUCUGAGCCAUCAAACAUUCAAUUAGCCAGUAACAGCUUCAUGUUCCUGCUACAGACAAAGAUCCAUUCAGCACCUGAACUUUAAAAUAACGUUUCAAAAGCUGAGAAAACAAUUAGUAUUUCAUAUUUUCUUCAGUUCUCCAAGAAAUUAAAACUGGAGCUGAUUCAAAGUGACAGAACGUUUAAAAUAUUUUAGAGUCAACAUGAAAACAAAGCUCAGAGGAAUCUAAAGGUUUCUGUCUGAUCUGUCUUUUGCACUGGAUAAAUUAUCUCUUAUGUCAAAUACUGAGAAAAAUAUUUUAAUUUCAACUCUCCAGGCAUGAGCCUAAUAAAUUAAUACUUUUCAAAAUGCCCAAUACAUAGUUCAUAUAUUAGGUUAUCUAAACAUUUAAAUUGGAUAUUUACUUUAUCAGAGUGAGAAACAUAAAAUGUGAAAAUAGAAAUCGCCCAGAAAGGUCGAGAGGAAGUUGAAAAGUUGUAGAAAUUAAAAAUGAGAAGUUUGAACAAAGAACCAAAACACAUUUAAAUGAACUCAACACGCUGCUGUGGUGAAGCUUGAGGAACAGAAAGAAUUAGUGAUAACCAGAUUAAAACAAACAUUUAUCUAAAGAUUAAAAUGUUUGUCCUCUUCUGGAUUUGAAACCUCUUGGUUUUAUUCUGUGAAGUCUCAGUUUCACAUCCUUGUUUUCAGAUCCUCUUCAUCCGGCUUGUUUAUAUCUGUGGUUAGAAAGUAAGAAGUUUCUGAUCCUGUUUGAUUCUUUGGCCUCAACGUGAUUUGAAUGAUCUGUCACAGCAGUAACAUGCGAUACUGAGGUACGACCAGGAGAGGGCGAUCUUCUCAUGUCUGCUGCAGCUCAGUCACAUUAAAUCAAUCUUUUAAUUCUUCACUCUCACUUUUCACUGUGAACAAACAGAACAAAAACAUUUAUUUGAAAUAACGAACUUCCUCAGAAUUCAACUGUGUCAAAGUGUUUUUUUAAACAUUGAUUUUCACUCUGUAAAACUUUUAAUUGUCCUUUUUUAUCUAAAUGAAAAAAAUGUGAUUAAAUCAAUAAAAAAAAUUGUUUAAAUCAUAACUUUCAUAUGUAAUUUUGAGCUAGACUUAAGAUUAAUUUUAUUUGAAUGUGUUUGAGUUUUGAAAUUUGAGAUUUUCUUUCUAUUUCCUUUUGUACCGAGUUCCUGGUUCGAUGCUGUCGUCCAUUUCAGUGCAACUUUGUAGAUUCUUUGCUAGAGAAUAAAAUGAUGAGUUAAAGUUUAUUUUUAUUGAAUUAUGAUUUUAAAUCACUUGUUUUUCUACUGUGCUGAUGAACAAUUAUGAACAGAUUUUAAUAAACUCAAUUAAAGAA